CCCACAGGAGCCGAAACGCGAAGGUUGUCAGGAGCAGCAGGAGGAGGCCACGGCUGGACAGUGUCUGACGUGGAAAGUGUCAGCACUGAGUAAGAAACUUCGGGCCAAAACAAGCCUCGAGAACAAAAUCCCCCCAGUUCUCUGUAAGCUCCCGCGGGUUUCACAGAGGACAGCACAAUGAGUCUGGAUAAGGCGAAGCUGUGUGAUUCACUGUUAACCUGGUUACAGACAUUUCAGGUGCCAUCGUGCAACAGCAAGCACGACCUGACAAGCGGAGUGGCCAUUGCACAUGUACUGCACAGAAUAGACCCUUCUUGGUUUAAUGAGACAUGGCUAGGCAGGAUCAAGGAGGAGAGCGGGGCCAACUGGCGCCUCAAGGUCAGCAAUUUGAAAAAGAUUCUGAAAAGCAUGAUGGAAUAUUAUCACGAUGUGCUCGGUCACCAGGUGUCUGAUGAGCAUAUGCCAGACGUGAACCUGAUAGGAGAGAUGGGAGAUGUCACAGAACUGGGAAAGCUGGUACAGCUCGUGUUGGGUUGUGCAGUCAGCUGCGAGAAGAAACAAGAGCAAAUCCAGCAGAUAAUGACACUCGAGGAAUCUGUCCAGCAUGUUGUGAUGACUGCCAUUCAGGAACUCUUAUCGAAGGAGCCGUCAUCUGAACCGGGAAGCCCAGAGACCUACGGGGAUUUUGACUAUCAGUCCAGAAAGUAUUAUUUUCUGAGUGAGGAGGCAGACGAGAAGGAGGACCUGAGCCAGCGCUGUCGACACCUUGAACAUCAGCUGUCAGUGGCUCUGGAGGAGAAGAUGUCCCUGCAGGCAGAGACGCGCUCCCUGAAAGAGAAGCUCAGCCUAUGCGAAUCUCUGGACGCCUCCACCACUGCCAUCACUGGCAAGAAGCUGCUGCUGCUGCAGAGUCAGAUGGAGCAGCUUCAGGAGGAAAACUACAGACUGGAGAACGGCAGAGACGACAUGCGUGUGCGGGCAGAGAUACUGGAGCGCGAGGUGGCUGAGCUGCAGCUACGGAACGAAGACCUGACCAGCCUGGCGCAGGAGGCCCAGGCCCUCAAAGACGAGAUGGACAUCCUCAGGCACUCGUCUGACCGGGUGAACCAGCUCGAGGCGAUGGUGGAGACGUACAAGAGGAAGCUGGAGGACCUGGGAGACCUGCGCAGACAAGUGCGCCUCCUGGAAGAGCACAACACUGUGUACAUGCAGCGCACGUGCGAGCUGGAGGAGGAGCUUCGCAGGGCCAACGCUGUCCGCAGUCAGCUGGACACCUACAAGAGACAGGCUCAUGAGCUUCACACCAAGCACUCAGCAGAGGCCAUGAAAGCUGAGAAGUGGCAGUUUGAGUACAAGAACCUUCACGACAAGUACGACGCACUGCUGAAGGAGAAGGAACGUCUGAUCGCAGAAAGAGACACACUGCGGGAGACAAACGAUGAGCUCAGGUGUGCACAAGUCCAGCAGAGGUAUCUCAGUGGAGCAGGAGGCUUGUGUGACAGCGGUGACACGGUUGAAAACCUGGCUGCAGAGAUCAUGCCAACUGAGAUCAAGGAGACAGUUGUUCGUCUCCAAAGUGAAAACAAGAUGCUGUGCGUCCAAGAGGAGACCUACCAACAGAAACUUGUGGAAGUUCAGGCUGAGCUGGAGGAGGCUCAACGCAGCAAGAAUGGGCUAGAAACUCAGAACAGGCUGAACCAGCAGCAGAUCUCAGAGCUGCGUUCUCAGGUCGAGGAGCUCCAGAAAGCACUCCAGGAGCAGGACAGCAAGAACGAGGACGCCAUCUCGUCCUUAUUGAAGAAAAAGCUUGAGGAGCACCUGGAGAAGCUCCAGGAGGCCCAGUCAGACCUGCAAAAGAAAAAAGAGGUCAUUGAUGACCUGGAGCCCAAAGUAGACAGCAACAUGGCUAAGAAGAUUGAUGAACUCCAGGAGAUCCUGCGGAAGAAGGACGAGGACAUGAAGCAGAUGGAGCAGCGAUACAAACGCUACGUGGAGAAGGCGAGAACGGUGAUCAAAACCCUGGAUCCUAAGCAGCAGCCAGUGGCUCCUGAUAGUCAGGCCAUGAAAAACCAGCUGAUGGAGAAGGAGAGAAGAAUCCAGCAUCUGGAGCAUGAUUAUGAGAAGAGCAGGGCCAGGCAUGACCAGGAGGUGAAACUCAUCAUCAGUGCCUGGUACAACAUGGGAAUGGGGCUGCAUCAGAAAGUGUCUGGUGAGCGGUUGGGCUCCUCCAACCAGGCCAUGUCCUUCCUCGCCCAGCAGAGACAACUCACCAACGCAAGGAGAGGCCUGACACGACACCACCCGAGAUGAGACACGGAGGCGUGACAGUUACCCUCAAAUGAAAAGCAAAGUGCACACAAGGUGAUCCAUGUGAUCUCUGAGUGUCUUUUGCCUUUUUUAUGCCUUCACUGGGAUCACUGUGCCUCAGUUUUGUCACGCUGCUGCUGCCCCCUGCUGGCUCUUACUGAUAUGAGAAGAUUUCUUUUCUCCGUUGGGCUCCAGAGCAGAAGCUCUCUGCUCUGAUUAAAAAGUAGGAGUUAUAGGCCUUAAGAAGAGGCGACCUCACCUUUUAAGGUGACUUUUAUUUCCCCUGUAGCUUCUUGGACUUUUUUUUUUUUCCUUGAACAUCUAUUUAAAAUCCUUUUUUAUUUAUUUUUUUAUGUUAAACAGUGAAACAGAACUGGAACAAGUUUUGUCAGGUGCCAGUUUAAAUGUGAUAGAUGACAGAGAAGUUUGACGACUACAAGUGCUACAGAACAAAAGCUGCACAAGCUGUCCUCAUACCUCCACUACAGCAGAUUACAGACUACAUUUUGGGUUUUAUGUGUUUGCUGAGG